GCGUGUCUCGAUGACAUUUGAUGUUAACCUUUCGAAAUGGAUUAAAUCAAUGAUGAAGAAUACUAGAUGUAUGGAAAAAAAGGUCAAUGCGAUAGUCGACGAAAUUCUCGAUGAGGAUCAGGAAAACGAUUUCGAUGCGACACGAGCCUGUCCAGGUGGUUGUGAAGAAUUAUAUGAUACGUCUAAAGAAGCACCCCAGCAAUGCAGAUGCGGCGUGGAGAACUCGUCGAGGUUCUCGCUGCGCGUGAUGGAGGCGAUGCGCUCGUUGCAGCGCGACGUGGACCAACCGUCCACAUCCACCGUCGAGGAAAUUGCCGAUUACAUCCGGUCGCAUUAUCGCUACGACGGCGAUCUUUACGCUCAGGUGCGGACCGCGCUGAGACAGGUCUGUUCUCAAGGAUUCGUCAUGGAAUUACUGAGCAACGAAUACCACUUGAUUGGUCCCAUUGUUAGCUCGAAGCGAAACGGCUGUUCCCCGAAUUGCAGAGGUCGUGUUGCAGAUGAUGCAUCAAGAAGACGAAGAAGAGUUAAUGAUCAGAGAAAUGAUAUCGAUGGUCCUGAGGAUUUGACAGCGGAACCGAUUUUUCAUUCGACCAGUAUUCAACCAGACGAAGAAAAUGGUAACGCAGAUCGACGCAAAAGGAAGUUUGAUAUCCAAGAAGUACCAAUGACCGCGGAAGCAAUUCCCGGGCCUUCCAGAGGGUUCUUGAGAAAGCCUCUGCCGGUGCUGGCCAGAAAUGCGAAGAAAGCACGAGUGGAGGACCGAAGAGAGCCGCAACGCGCGGAUGAGAACGACGAUGAGACGGAAGGGGAUGUUCACUGCACUUGCGAUGUGAUUCAGGAAGAGCAUCCGAGAAUACGACCUACCGAUCGCGUUCGGGUCAUCAGGAAUGGACGUCGUCGCGUUGAUGGGGAGGAAGAUCAAAGGAAUGAAGAAGACGAAGAAGAGAGGGUGAAAGAUGAAGAAGACGAAAAAGAGGAAGAAGAGAAGGAUGAAGAGGAUGAAGGCACGGAGGAUAGCGCGUAUAGAGAAUUAAGACAUUCUCGCAAAACUGCGGCACGCGAACGAGAGCUAAAAAGAUGGAUACGUCGUUGUCGUCAAGAGUGCGAACGACGAGGGCGAAGAGGGCGAUAAUGCAAAUUAGAAAAAUUCAGAACUACGUAAAACAUAAUUUUAAGAGAUUGAGAAAAAAUUUCAAUAUGGAUCAAGAAUCUUUCAUACCAAUUUCUUUGCUUGUUUUAUGUCGGUUUGACAAUAAAUCAUCACCGUUUACAAAUUAAAUGAAAUGUACGCGUGUUAAAUUUUGAAUCGAAAU